CCGGAAGUAAGUAAGGUCUAAGGUUACUUACAGCCGGUGGUGUGAUGUCGGUCUGACAGACGAGGUGGCCUACUUGUCCCGAAAAUCGAGAAUUCCGCAAAUAUCCGCCCUUUUCAUUCACAGAUUUCGCUUUCUUUAACCAAGGAGUCUCCCUAGAAUCACCAUGGAGAAGAUAGACGAGCUCCCUUCUCCGUCCGAUUCGCUACAGCGGUCGCGAUUCAGGACCCCCUGUCUCAGCGGCUGACAUGGAACAAACCCCCGCUCAGUGUUCUCAUCAUCAAGAAGAUCCAUGAGUGCUCCGUGGUGCAGCCCUUCAUGGACCUGGUCACCUGGCUGGUUCAGGAGAAAAGAAUGGUGGUUUAUGUGGAAGUCUCCACACUGGAGGAUGAAAUGAUCGCAGAUGACUCUGGUUUCCAACCGAUCAAACAAAAACUCAACACAUUCAAAGAAGGUACGGAGGACCUGUCUGGCAGAAUAGACUUCAUCAUCUGUCUGGGAGGAGACGGUACACUUCUGUGGGCAUCCUCACUGUUCCAGGGCAGUGUUCCCCCUGUGAUGGCGUUCCACAUGGGCUCCCUGGGAUUUCUCACACCUUUUGAGUUUGACAACUUUAAAUCACAGGUCAACCAUGUUCUAGAAGGUCAUGCAGCUCUAACCCUAAGGAGUAGGUUGAAGUGUGUGAUAACAGACGCUGAAUGUGACAGUCACAUCAACAGUAUAGAGAAACCAAAGAAGAUUCAGGUGCUGAAUGAAGUUGUGAUCGACAGAGGCCCCUCCCCCUACCUGUGUCACCUGGACCUGUACCUGGAAGGCAGGCAUGUCACCUCUGUACAGGGAGACGGUCUGAUAGUGUCCACCCCCACUGGCAGCACGGCCUACGCUGUUGCUGCAGGAGCGUCCAUGGUCCAUCCCAACGUUCCCGCCAUCAUGGUCACCCCCAUCUGUCCACAUUCCCUGUCCUUCAGACCAAUCGUAGUGCCCGCUGGUGUGGAGAUUAAGGUCAUGGUUUCCCCUGAGUCCAGAGGCUCUGCCUGGGUUUCCCUGGAUGGUAGAAACAGACAGGAGAUUAAAGUGGGAGACAGUGUAAGGAUCACCACUUCUGAGUUUCCGAUUCCAUCAAUUUGCAAGCUUGAUCAGAUCAGCGACUGGUUCGACAGUCUCGCAGAGUGCCUCCACUGGAACGUCAGGAGACCGCAGCGAGCGUUCAAUAACAACGAGGGGGCAAACGGGAGAGUGAAGGAUGACAGUGACUGCAGCAUAGAGGCCUAGUUGUACAGACAGUUGCAUGAACAGGGAACUCGGUAUGAGGGUGCCUGAUGCAUAUGGUAUGGGAGAAAUGUAUGUGAAGACUGUUUUACGUAUGUCAGGGAUUGUAUUGUAUGUUAAAGAAUGAAAGAUUGUGAUUUGGUUGAAAGUUUUGCACUUGUCAUUGUGAAUCCUUAGCGGGACAAAUACAAAAAGGGUGAAGGAUGUUAUAAGUAUCUAUCUUCUCCAAGAUAUUAAUGAAAGCAGCUUGGCCACAUGCACAAGAGAGAUUUUGAUUUUGUUGUACAAUAGAUGCAUGGCAAUUCACAAGAGUCACUGAGUAAUGCCCUUCAUGUAUUUCAACAUGUAUAUAAUGUUACCCAUUUUAGGAUUUAUAUUUACAGGUGUAUGUACAUAACAGAAACUUUAAUACAGGGAAUCAUAAAAACAUAAUGCUAUGACCUGCACAAUUCUGGCCUAAGGGUGCUUUACAGAAAAAUGUCCAGCUUUCUUGACAGUAGAAACCAGGAUUAUGUAGGAGAGGAUGUUGUGGGAUGCAUUCCAUAACCCUAGGUCAACCCUACAUGCUGCACUUUUUUGCCAAAAUGUAAUUGUACAUAUCAAAAUUUUCUGAUGACCAAUUUUUUCCAAACACACCCAUUCUCAACCUGCCUGAUCAUGAUCUGUUCCUAUUAAUAAGAUAAGUGUUUAGUUCUGUUCUAGAGGAUUUGUCAUGCAAUAGAUGAACUAUGUAGCAAUCUAGUUGACAGGAUUGACAAUCUAGUUGACAGGAUUGACAAUCUAGUUGACAGGAUUGACAGUCUAGUUGACAGGAUUGACAAUGUAUUUGACAGGAUUGACAAUCUAGUUGACAGGAUUACUAGAAUUGAUCUGUAUAAUAGUAAGGUUGUUGAUGUAAACUAAGUGAUACUAGACGAACCAUAUUUGUAUUGACCAUUAGUGCAAUGACUCUUAUUAUAUUUGUUAGGAUAUCAGAACUUGUUUUUAACUAAUUCCUAUGAAUAGAGAUUAAUUGUAGGAAAUGAUUGACGAAGAUGGAGGCUCAUUCCAGUAAAGAGAAAUCUCAUUCCAUAUCCAUUCAUGGGAACAUCAUUCUACACAGAUUUGUAGUACUUUGUGGUGCUUUGAAAAGUAACAUCACAUGUCUCUACAGUGUUUGUUUGCGAUAUAGUGGUAUUGCUGUAAAUCAAGGCCAGGUAUGUCUGGAUAAAGUAGAAAUCAUCAGUGAUGCAUACUUGCAGCUUGCCAGACAGGGACAGUACAAAUCGGCACUUUUCUGCUUUUAUGUUUACAGAAUGUAGCACUUGUUUUCUUGAAUCAGUGACAUUUUGACUGAAUUCAGCAUAGAAUGGGUUACAUUCAUGUUUUAUUUUGACGAGUUUUAUGCUAUGCACCAUCAGAGGCAGUAUUAUAUAGACAGCAAAUUGCGUGUAUUUGCAUUUUAAGGUAUUGGGAUAGUGUCAAAAAGUAAAAUGUACUUGAACAACAACUACCCAAAAACUACCGUAUAUGGGCAGUGCAGUGGUAUAUAAGUGUAACUGAUUAAUGAUUUAUUUUGUAUAUCAAAGAAGGUUCUUAAAUUCAUUAAGAAUGGCAAAGUGUAAAUGUACUGUACAGGGCACAAUUAAUGAGUGAAAAUGUAACCUACAUGCAGGAUGUGCAUGCAGGAUAGAUUUGGAAGUUUUCUUUUUGUCAAAAUCAUCCCACCAUAAAAUAUUGAAGUGUGAACAAACUUAGCACAAGUCUCUUUCUUCAUAGCAUGGUAAGAUACACUCUGCCUAAACUUCACUUUUGUAUGACUUUCAAUGAUUGUCAUUUACAAUUUUUUUCUAAACAAAACCUUGUCACUUUUUUACUUGUCUUAUUUUGUCAUGAAAAAUGAAAUGAAUUUGUACAAUAGUUAUAGGGAACAGCAAAGACUGUUUUUUGGUAUGUUUAGAAAUAUUUUAUGAAGUAGAAAUCAGUUGCAGUAAAGGUUACAUUAAUCAUUUUGUAUUUGGGUGGGGAUGUUCCUUAGAAAACUGGUGCUGGUGACUCUUGUAUGUCCACUGGGAAAAAUUGAGUUCUGGCUUGAUUUUAACUUAGAGAUGAGGUGAUCAUUUAUGUAUUUUUCCUUCUAUAUGCUUAAGACAGUAACGUGUUAAGUGAUUAAUUUAAGGGGCCUGAACCAUCACAGUGGGCUCAGGAAAGAAAGAAAAUACAUGAUACAAGACCUUUAUCUUGCAACGUUGUUAUUCAUACUGCUGGAUUCAGCUUUAUGAUACACGAGUAUAUUUCUGAGUGUCACAAGCGCCUACAUUUUACAUCUGAUUAAGACUGGACCAAACAAGUUGCAGCUUCACUAUUUUCUGUGUCAGUGUGGUAUGCCGAUACAUGUCAAGUAGGGAGCCAACCGUAUUAUGUAUGUCCCCCUCCCCUUAUAUUUCUUUGAAACCUUUUAUAUAUAACACUGUUGUAUCUAUGGGAAGCCAGAGUCAAAACCAGCAAGGUUUGCUUGAGGGAUAUGUUACAAUUAUCCUUGUAUGUAUCUACAUUGUAUUGCUUAUAGAUGUAUAAAAGUGGUGCAAGCUACAUUGUAGGCAUUGAUACAAUGGAAAGGUAACCAAAGGAGUCCAUAUUAUACGUGUUACAUUAAUUUCCCUUUUAUUCAUAUAUCCAAGGAUCAAUCCAACCAUCAACUUUUGAUUAUAGAUUUUCAUAAACGUUACAUUUCCCUUUUCUUCAUCCAACAAUCCAACCAUCAACUUGUAAUAUAAGAGCCUUUUGCAUCCCACAUAUUGAGAGGAUCUCCACGUUGAAGGAGAUAUUUUUGUAAACUGCUGCUGUUACAUUUGUAACACUUCAUGAUUGUUGUCUUUUUUCAUAGAUGUCACACAGACUUUUGUACCACUUCAGAUUAAAGCAAAGUAUGUAAUA